UGUUUUUUAGCUUAACUUUUGUAAUUAAUAUAGUUUUUCUUUGUUGGAGUCCUGUUACAAGAAAAGAAGAAAGAAAAAAUGUUUAAGCAGAUACUUGGGAAGCUUCCUAAGAAACCUUCUUCUGCUAAGUUUUGGGACAAUGGUGAAUCCCAAGCUCCAGAUAACAGCCAUCAUCAAGGUGAUGAUGAAGUUAGAAGCCAAAGUUCAUCAAAUGGAGAUUGUGUUUCUGUUGAGGUAUUGCCAAGGUUGAAAGAUGUUUCCAUCUCAGAGAAGCUUAGAUUAUGCUGUGUAGUGUUUGAUUUCGCCGCGGAGCCUCAAGUUAACCUGAAGGAGAAAGAGAUCAAAAGGCAAACACUUCUUGAAUAUGUUAUCUCUUCAGGGAAUGCGAAGUUCCCUGAAUCAGUUAUUCAAGAAGCUGUGGAGAUCGUUUCGGCUAAUCUCUUCUUCUUUUUUUUGUUUGGGCAACCUCUUUAGUAGUAGUAAUACUCACCAACAAUGGAAGAAGAACAAAACACAUGCAGGAUUGGAUUUGGAAGAAGCAGAAGAAGGAUCUUUGAACCCUUCUUGGCCUCACUUGCAGACUGUUUACGAGUUCCUUCUAAGACUCGCGUUGCAUCUCCCAACACAGACGCCAAGAUAUCCAAGAAAUACAUCGAUCCCACAUUCGUUCUCAAUCUAUUGCAUUUGUUCGAUUCCGAAGAUCAGAAGGAGAGAGAGAGUUUCUCAAAACAAUAGUUCAAAGAAAUCAUGUUCUUGAAUGAAUUGGAGGAGAUCUUGGAAGCUACUCAAGUAACCGAGUUUGAACGGUGUAUGGUUCCGCUCUUUCGCCAAAUUGCUCAGUGCUUGAGCAGCUAUUACUUUCAGGUCCAAGUUAGUUUCACUUACCGUUUUUUGUAACUGUUACAUGAAUCUUACUGCUUGUGUGUGUUUAUGUAGCGGAACGGGCUCUAUACUUAUGGAACAAUGAUCAUGUCAGUGACUUGGUGAGACAGAACAGUAGAAUCAUUUUACCGAUAGUGUUUCCGGCUCUAGAGAAAAACGGUAGUAGCCAUUGGAAUCAGACUGUUAAGAACUUGACUGAGAACGUUCUUAAGGUUUUAUCUGAUACAAAUCCAGAAUGUUCGCGCAAGUUUCAAGAAGAUCAGCAAAAUGAAGAGGAUACCAAGAAGAAGAAUGGAGAAACCUGGAGACAGCAAGAGGAGAUUGUUAUCAAAUGGCUAAGUAAUAGUUUUUUUUUGCACUUUUUGAUUUUUUUUUUUUUUUUUGCUGGUCUUUACGCCUGAAAGGUAGUAUACAGUUUGAGAGAUGUUAGCCAAGAUGUUUGUCCUCUUUCAGUUCUUGAUUUGUCUGUCUGUAUACUUCUGUUCGUGUAAACAUAAGACACAAAUUUUAUAUUGUCUGAAAGUCAUUUAGUUUACUCUAAUAUUAUAUGAUUUAUGAUGAUCUCACUCUGGAAAACAAUUUUGUUUUUUAGUGUACAGAGGAUCUAUUGGCAUUUUCCUGCAAGAAUCUUUGGCUUAUGUCUGUUAAAACUGUCUGUUACAAAAGGUUUCUUCUUCUUCUUCAUCUAACAACAACACCUAAAACAGAAACCAAAAGAAACAGCGAUGACUCUUGCUCGGUCUUUCAUCAGAAGUUUUCACCAGAAAAGUCUCACAACAAGAGUUGAAGUGAUCUCCAGAGACAUCAUCAAACCAUCAUCUCCAACUCCAAACCAUUUAAAGAACUUCAAACUCUCUCUUCUAGAACAGCUCGGUCCAACGAUCUUCGGCCCCAUGUUGUUCUUCUACUCAGCUAACUACAGAAUCAAACAAACUGAACAGCUGCUGAACCUCAAGAAGUCCUUAUCCGAAACCUUAACUCACUUCUACCCUCUCUCUGGGCGGCUCAACGGCAACACAAGCAUCAACUGCAACGACUCGGGCGCCGACUUCCUUGAAGCACAAGUUAACUCCCCGCUUUCAAACCUCCUACAAGAGCCUUCUUCGGAGAUGUUAGAACAGCUGAUUCCAACAUCAGUUGAUUCAAUAGAAGCAAGAACCAAAUUGCUUCUCGCUCAAGCAACGUUCUUUAAAUGCGGAGGCAUGGCUAUAGGAGUCUGCGUCUCUCACAAACUCGCCGACGCAACUUCCGUGGGCUUAUUCAUGAAGAGCUGGUCUGCAAUCACUUCCCAAGGAUCGAUCAAAACCGUUGGAUCCCCUGUUUUCGACACUCUCAAGAUCUUCCCACCUGGUAACUUCUCAGAGACUUCCCCUGCUCCGGUCGUUGAGCCGGAAAUCAAGAUGAACCAGACUCUCUCGAAGAGAUUCGUCUUCGAUUCUUCGAGCAUCGAAGCUCUGCAAGCGAAAGCUUCGAGCUUUGAAGUUACUCAACCCACAAGAGUCGAAGCUGUUUCAGCUUUUAUAUGGAAACUUGCGAUGAAAGCAACAAGAACGGUUUCAAGAACCUCGAAACCGUCGAUCCUCGCGAACUCCGCUAGCUUACGCUCUCGCGUCUCUCCUCCGUUCACGAAGAACUCGAUCGGGAACCUCGUGAGCUACUUUGCGGCGAAAGCAGAGGAAGGAGAGAAACAGAGAAAGCUUCAGACUUUGGUCGCGGAGAUACGAAGAGCGAAACAGAGGUUUCGAGAUGACCACAUACCAAAGCUUGUCGGAAACGGAGACGCGACGGAGGUCAUCUGUAACUACCAGAAAGAAGCGGGGAAUAUGAUCGCGAGCGGAGGUUUUGAUUUCUACAUCUUGACGAGCGCGUGUCGGUUCGGUUUGUAUGAAAUUGAUUUCGGUUGGGGUAAACCGGUUUGGUUUGCGUUUCCUUCAGUUAGACAGAAGAACAUUGUGGCGCUUGUUGACACGAAAGAAGGCGGUGGGAUUGAAGCGUGGGUGAAUUUGAAUGAGCAAGAGAUGAAGCUUUUUGAAGAAGAUAGAGAGUUGCUUGAUUUUGCUUCUGUGAAUCCUAGUGUGAUCCAGCCUUUUCUCCAUGUUCUCUGAUUAUGAGUCCGGUUUAGUGAUGUAAACCGGAUUUCUUUUGUUGAAUUGGUUAUGUACUGAGGUUUUGGAUGUUCAAUUCUAGCCGAAGUAAUUAAAUGUAUAAAAUUAAAAUAAUGUUUUUUUGACAAAAUGUCAAACCAUGUACAAUAUUAGAUUUUCUACUAUAGUGAAAACUGUCUUCCCAAUAAUCAAAUCUGUUUUUAAUUGGUGUUAACUGUUAAGUAU